UAUUGCUCAAGCUAUGUUUAUAUAUCGGGCUUUGUUUGUUCCAUACAAAUAUAUACAAAAUAUAGCUUCUCAUUUUAGCUAGGGCUUUCACCUUUAUCCAUCAUUAAUUUCAAGUGAUGGAUGAAUUAUUUGAAGAACUAGUAGGCUAUUUGAUGCAAAAGGAAGAAGCAAAUAUUCAAGAGAAUACGAAUCAUGAGGAUCACAAUUCUAUUCCCGGUGGUAUUGCUGACGAUAAUAUGAUGCCAGUGGCGAUGAUGGACAGUUUCAAUAUUAAUGUUGAUUAUGAGCGAGAUGGAGAUUGCUAUAAUCCCCAUAUGGAUCUACAAUGUAAUGUUGAUGAUUACGAUUAUCAGUUGGGUGCAUUAUUAUAUGAUGAAUGCUUAGCUGAUCUUCCAUUAUUGAAUGCCAAAAUCACCGGUAAUUUUCAAGAAGGUUGUGUUUCCGGUAAUCCAUCCGAUGAUAGAAUCCAGUGUGACCGUCUAUUACCGGAUGUCACUGAUACUUCUCUAGAAAACUGUGAUAUCGAUCCGUACUUCAAUCUGAUGGAGACUUCAACAAUGCAGCAGAAAACUGAUGGAGAUGUUUGUUGUGAUCCUCAUCAACCCCAAUCACCAUCACCAUCUAUACCUGAUCAUGAACCACAACAAGUAGAAGAUAUUGGUGAUGAUGUUGAUACAUCCAGUAAAAAUUUGAAGUCAGAACGUUAUAGACGCAAGAGAUUGAACCAACAGUAUUUGACGUUGAGAUCCAUUGUCCCAAACAUUACCAAGAUGGAUAAAAGAACCGUUCUUGUUGAUGCUCUGGCUUAUCUACAAGAUAUACUUCACCAGACACAAAUUGAAAUUGAAAAUCAGAACAAAGUAAUCUCAUCACUUAAUUCUUCCCUGGGAAAUGAGGAAACAAUCAAUCUGCCUCUUCAUCAUCACAAUGAAGAUGUAGUAUCGGCAGUAGAGGAGAACGCUGUAGAUGUUAGUGGCAAUGAUGGCCAAGUCCAACCAUUAUUCCACACCUUACUAGUUGAACCAGUAGUACCACCAGGUCCACCACCAUUUGAACGUCGCGCAAUCUUUCCAGCAAUAAUGCAGAUGGAAGUUGAGAAGCUAGACGAGGAGAGAUAUGUGUUGAGGAUUGUGUUCAACGAAGCAUCGGGAACAAUGGGUCUAGUACAAAGAUCAGUAGAAAUGUUAAAAGGAUUUGAAUCCAUAAAUGUUGCCCUUUCUGCAUACGGUCAACAUCACGUGCAAUCUUCCAACUUUCUACGCGUUAAGAAAAUCAAGGGAUCUCUAUUACAGACUAAUGAAGAAGACCUCUUAAACAGGGCGAAAGAAAGUGUGAAACAGUUGGGACAUCUUUUUCUUCCCUUCGUUUCUUCCACCGAUAAUCUAUAAUCUGGGCUCGUGCAGUCCUCUAUUUAGAGAAAGGAAAUUUUCUUUACUCACCAAAAAUAAAAUAACGUUGUUAUUGUUAAGCUCUUCUGGGCCAAUUUUUCUAUGGUAUACCCAUAAAUUUUAAAAAUAAGAUCACUUGCGGAAUAUAAUUUGUUGUUGUAUAUGCAAUUAUGCAUCCAUUGAACAAGUGACUUCACAAUUAAACAAUGGUUGCAUGCAUAAUAAAUAAUAACAAACUCGUUUGAUGCA